GUCUAUACACAUGCAAAAGAAAAAAAUGGGAGAGAGAAAGGAAGUGAAACUAUUGGGAGCAUGGUACAGUCCAUACGCCAUAAGACCAAAGAUAGCUCUUAGUCUUAAAUCGGUCGAGUAUGAUUGCGUUGAGGAAGAUCUCUUUGGAUCCAAGAGUGAACUUCUUCUCAAAUCGAACCCGGUUUACAAGAAAGUCCCGGUGCUCAUCCACAACAAUAAACCGGUUUGUGAGUCUCUUAACAUCGUUGAGUACAUCGAUGAGACGUGGAACUCGUCUGGACCGUCCAUUCUUCCUUCUCAUCCUCAUGAUCGUGCUCUUGCUCGCUUCUGGUCUGCCUUCGUUGAUAACAAGUGGUUUGCGGCUUUGAAAUUGGCGGUAAUGACCAAAUCAGAAGAUGAAAAAGCAAAAGCCAUGGAAGAAGUAGAAGAAGGGUUGUUGCAACUCGAGGAUGCCUUUGUUUCUAUUAGCAAAGGGAAACCCUUUUUUGGGGGUGAAGCAAUCGGGUUCAUGGACAUUUGCUUAGGAAGCCUUUUGAUUCUCUUGAAAGCUAGGGAGGAGCUUAAAGGAGAAAAGCUUUUAGACGAAUCAAGAACUCCUUCUCUUUGUAAAUGGGCAGGCGAUCGAGUUCUUGUCUGAUGAGACGGUGAAGAGUGUGGUGCCGGAGAUUAAUAAAGUAGCUGAGUUUCUACGUGAUCUUGAGGUUAGAGCUCAGUCCUCACCUUCGAGAUCAUG